AUGCAGCAGGUGCAUGCACAUCUCCGGCCCCUCACUUUGUUAUACAUCUUCACCCAAGCUAGAGUUCACGUAGUAUGGAAAACUUUCUAUGCGGCGCUGCUACAUGUACGUUUGCAUCCGACAACAUAUAUGCUCUGGCAGCCUCAUGCCGAGCGUGUAUCGUCCUUGUCCUUCUCUUUGGUCGCCGUCGGUGCUGCCAUGACCAUACAUCUCAUUGAUGACUGCAUCACCUACACUCCUGUCGGCAAUGAACCGAGGUUCAUGACUCAUGAGUAG